UUUUACAUGGGUUUAAUAAAAUAUGUAUUAUUUAGAUCCCUUCAAAUAACACAAAAUGAGAAAGUGCACACAAAUAAAUCAAUAUUAGGCGACUACCACACACAUAAACUGUGAUCACAGUUCAAUUCGUAGAACAUCUAGUUAUAAACGUAUAAUACACAGUGACCAAAACAACUGUGCACGACUACUGUAGGUUUGAUUCAUUGUUUCUCUAGCUGUGGUUACGCAAGAAAUGAAACCCUGCAACACUAUAAACAGGAUGUUGCUUGUCACUUGGGGUAUCCUGGUAAGCGCGCAGUUACCAUGGUUACCUUUUCCUGUGAAUAUUACAGCCAAUCAAGGGGAGGAAAAGCGAUAUUGCAGACUGUCUGUGCCGCUGGCUUUCAGCGGGAGGAACACAAUGUCACUGGGUUCAGUUGCCAGCAUAGACUGGUGUAUAAAAUAGACUAUCACCGUGAGGAAAACAACACAGACGGGCACAUUAUGAAAACCAAGAUUUUAAUGUCAGUGAUUCACUUUUUAAUUCAAACAGUCAAGAUCUGUAGUUUAUUUCAGUUAGCCUAAGACCUGCGACGCAGGCACAGAAACAGAAUAAAUAGGCGUGGGUAUAGAGUGGGUAUAAUUGUUCCCUCACAACAUUCAAUUUUAGAAAUAAAAAUGAGGGUUGACUGCGCGCUAAAACUGUCUUACGCAUCAAGCAUAUCUGCAAGAGGUGUUAUAUAAUAUGCAGAAACUGGUGCUCCCUCGAGACCAAGAGGCAGCACAAACAAAAGAUAAGGUCUAGAGCACUACACUGCCUGUGCACAAAAAAAACUUCUGAAGGAAUGUGUGAUGGAGGCUGGCCAUGAAUAUAACAUGGCGUGCGCGUUCUGAAGUCGAGCUCGCUCAUGAUGCAGCCGUAGCCUACAAAAUGUCAGUUUAUCAAGUGACAGCCUCGCGCUCGGCAUUCCCCCUUUCCAGCUCUUGCCUCAUCCACCAUAUCUCUGCUUGUCCAAGCUGUUACAUUCCAUUGUCUCACUUUCCACUAAAACAGCACUGGGUUUGUUUAUCUAUUUCUUUACUAACCGGUUUUGUAGACCUGGGAAAUCAAUUGCCGCCUUUGGCAAGUCGACACACCCUUGUUUGACAUUAUAUGGAGGAUUUCUGAGUAACCUACAUCGAUUUUAACACAGAUUCUGAGAAGUCUGUUCUUGCAUAAUAACCCCGGAAAGGCCUGUUGUUGUUUUACGCGGUAGGCGCUGGGCGGUCUUGUGACAUUUCUAUGCGGCAUGCAAUACAUCUUGUUUGACAGCCGGCCUUAUUGCAUACGUCAGACGGGGUUUUGCUUUGUCACCCUGCAGAUUGGUCCUGCAGACCGGACUGAAAGGUUACCUGACUGCAAUUUCAUUUAACCAGCUCUUAUAAUCCACCGUUGCAUCACCUGCUGCGCUCUACUUUAAUAUAUCAUGCAAAUGUGGCAGGAGUUGUCCUGGGGGCGAAUAGGUCUAUAUAUUGAAAAUGACGGUACACAUAUUGACCUUUAAAAAACGAAAAAUCUAAUGUGCAAAAAAAUGCCUUUGCAAAAUCAUGAUUUUUACGCACGAUUUUACGCGCGAUUUUAAUGAGCCCGUGUGUAACAAAGGGCUGUGCUUUCCAGCCCAUGUGGCUGAAAAAUGCAUUUGUUGGUGAGAAUGUAGGCUACUUUUUACUGCAAGGGCGGUCAUGGUAAAUCGGCAAAUAACCUGAAAUAUUUCCCAGGGAGAAGACUAUUUUCGCAAGGCUGCAAAUGCGCAUGAUCAUCGUCUUUGGCUGUGUGCCAAAGGCUUUGUUGUUCGUUGGGCGGGCGAGGUAGGGUUGCGGGUACGUGACUAAACAGCUUGCUUCCUCUUUCAAACGUCACGAUGGCUAGUACAAACGUCUAUUUCUUUAUUCAUGCACACGUUUCAAAACUAUAUGGCCACACCACAUGGAGCAGCAGUUAUUUGGAUGUCCUCCAGUGUAGCCUGCAUAACACACUGAACUAGCAGUGGCUUUAUUUAUAAAUAUGUAAAUUCUAAAAUCGACAAAAGAGAGAAAAUGAAGUUGCACACAGACCUCCUUACAUUUGGCAAGUCAAAAAUAACCCCCAGUUGUUGUACAGCAACGAGGUAUCUAGUAGACAGUAGCUUAUAUAAGACAAAUGGCGUGCCCGUUUUUAGACUACAGGCAACUGAAGUAUCUGACUGACCGUCUGACCUGUUGAUCUGUUCAUAGAAUAUUUUGUGGCCCUGUGUAUCAAUCUUUACCUCAACAUAUUCUGUCUGAUUUUAAGACGGAUGUAACCUAUUUGCAAUACAAUGUUAUUUGAAUCCAUAUCUUUUCCUACGCUCUGACAUGAAGGAUUGCUACACAGAACUUAAAGGUCUAGACUACACAGCAAACGAAACUGUGUGAUGAGUCCCUCGCCAAUGUGAAAGAAACAGGCAUGUAUGAGCAAGCCUGUGAAUCAGACAAGGCACAGCAUGUGCGCACUCUGGAAGACAAUUUAAAGCUCGUGCCUAUGUUGGCAACUCGGGCCGUUUUCCACAACAUUGCUCGGGGAGUAUGUCUGACGCGGCACUACCGUGCUGACUGGAAUGUGGAUAUGCUAAACUAGGUUUAAAGUGCCAAUUACUGACAGUCGAAUACUUCGUAAGCAUGCGUCGAGAAGUCGAGAACAGGAGGGUCUGGGGUGACGCCACCGGGGGCUUUUAACUCUUUUAUGUCUGAUUUUUUUUCAAAUAAAAAAAUAAAUAGCAAUUGAGUUUUAUUGAUUACAGACCACUAAGGAAAAACACUAUUAUGUUGUUCCGUCACACGUCAAAUACCAACUGCUUGACGGGUAAACAGCCUAGGUGGUUUAUCAGCGCGUGAGCGAUCAUGUUUCCUAUCCAAAAAAAAAAGAGUACACGUUUAUCUCCAUUCAAACAGCCACUAAUCAAGACAAAGAAAUGGGCUCACCGUGUGUACUCCCUGGGGAAGACGCACAUCUCUUACCAAAAACAACAUAUAUUACAAUAAAGUCAGUUAGAUGAGCGCAAGUUGGUACACUUCAUAACACAAGCAAAAUACCAGCGAAACCUCAAAGCCAUUGAAAGACACCGCGUCCAGUUUCUGAUCAAGCUUUUUCUACAUCGGUCGGAGGUAGCUAGUCGUAGGCUACUCCUGGCAACAGUUCAAAUGAUUAAAUGAAAAAGGGGGAGAGGCAGACCGACAGAGCAUGCGCUAACAGGGGGCUGUCGAAGAAUCAAGUAAAUAGAAUUGGAGCUGGAACCACAAGUUAGUGCUCGGUGACGUCACUGCUCCACAUUGAGGCAGCCGAGUAGUAGUGGGUGAGGGAGAUAGAUAGAGGCGCGCCGUAGUAAAGUACACACUGCCAUGAAGUUCUGUUUGUAACUUAAUUGUUGUUUCUGUUCUCUGCACAGGACAGCUCUGUUAAAACGGAUCUUGUAGUAUACAGUUUCUCAGGAACGGAGGCAGGUUCUCGGACGUUUGGGAAGAAAUUUUCUCCAGUUUUUGCGGCGAGAGAGAUGUCGUCUGCGGCGGUCGCUGCUUCCAGAAGGCAGUCAUGUUAUUUAUGUGACUUGCCCCGCAUGCCGUGGGCUAUGAUUUGGGAUUUUACCGAACCUGUCUGCAGGGGAUGUGUCAACUACGAAGGAGCAGAUCGAAUCGAGUUUGUGAUAGAAACCGCUCGGCAACUUAAGCGGGCUCAUGGUUUUCAGGAGGGUAGGUCUCCGGGUCCGGGGAAACAACAGCUCUCGGGGAAGGAGAUUCAGUCAAUCAACCAUUCGGCAGGAGACCCCGGUUCCCGACCCCCACAGCCCCUGGAUCGCUACCCUCUCUCUGACCGCCCGCCUCGACUGGGACCUGAAUAUCAACCCGGGAGACAAGCAAACGGCAUUCCUGUCCCAAAUGGAUUCCCUAAACCGGACGAUCCUCCAGAACUGAACCGACAGAGCCCGAACCCUCGUCGGACUAGCGCCGUGCCCCCGAAUCUAGUGCCUUUGGUGAAUGGGAGCAUGAACGCAGUACACGCGAUCAAUGGCAGACCGGGGCAGAUGGGACUCCCCUCCGCACUAGCGGCGGCCAACGCCAGCGAGUUGAGCGGCAAGCGCCCAGCGUCUGUGUCUAGCACGGAACACGAGAGGGAAGUGAAAGACAAGCACAGACCGGACAGCCUGACUCCCGACGAGAGCCAUAAGAACCGAGCAGACGAAUGGAUCAAGGGCAAGACAGUGAGGGAUAUUAUGGGGAUUCAUUCUUUCGACAACAGAUUCAAGAAGGACCACACGGUCAUGCAACAAAGGGCGAUGUACGAUCCUGGCGCCACCGCCUCCAAAUCAGACAGGGGGAAACAUCCCAGAAGCAUGAAGAGAAAGCAGUCGCCUGAACCCGAAGAAGGCACAGCUGUGAAGAUCAACGGAGACGGCCAGCAAUGGCUACCACCCCCUGCAGAUGCGCACAAGAUGCCCCCUGUGCCGCCACCAAGCUUCGCCUCGCAGGCGUCCACGAUAUCGCCACACUCCCGCAGCCCCGAGGCUGUGCAGAACGGCCAGUCCCCGAUGGCAGCUCUCAUCAUGGCGGCAGAAAACCCAGGGGGGAACAGCUCGCCGAAGGAUGCCAACCAGGUCCACUCCACCACCCGCAGGAACAGCAGCAGCCCGCUCUCGCCAUCCUCUAUUAGCCAAAGGCGACUGGCACAGAGAGACGGCUCGGGCGCGGGAACACCCCACGUGCCAGGCAUAGACCAGGUGCAUCCUCAAAGCAUUCCGGACUCCUCCGUGCCCAGCAGCAUACCCCUCUGCUGCACGCUUUGUCGCGAGCGGCUGGAGGACACGCACUUCGUGCAGUGCCCGUCGGUGCCCUCUCACAAGUUUUGUUUCCCAUGCUCCCGGGAGAGCAUCAAACAACAAGGCGCCACCGGUGAAGUUUAUUGCCCGAGCGGCGACAAAUGCCCCUUGGUGGGCUCGAACGUACCGUGGGCUUUCAUGCAAGGUGAAAUAGCCACCAUCCUUGCAGGGGAUGUGAAAGUAAAAAAGGAGAGGGACCCUUGAUUUUACCAUAUGAUCUUUUUUUGAAAUACGAAAAAGUAUGAAACUAUAUAAAUAUAUAAAUAUGAUGAAUAUCCCCCCAUACAUACCAUCCAAACUGAAACUAACGGACUUGUACAUAUUGGACACAAGGGAAGUGUAUACUUCGUAAACAUGGCUGUAUAAUUUUUUGAUUUUUUGAAUACAUUGUGUUUCUAUAUUUUUGAAGAUAAAGGUAUGUACUCACUAUAAUGGACUGCGUUCCUCUGUCGAUGUUUAACAUUUUUCUUGAUGUACUUUUAGGUCUGGUGGCAGUUCCUGUUAAACGUAGAACGUGACUAAUGCAACUCUACGAGCACUUGGCUAAACUGAAAUGCUUCUAGCUGUACUUGUAUGCACUUGUUUAAAAUUGCCAAAUACAAUUUCUGAUCUUGUAUUAA